AUGCAAAUCAAACUGUAUGCUUCGGAGGCUGAUGAGGUCGAAAGGACCGCUGAUGCCCAGUCCGCCGCUCAGCCAGCUGCUUCGCCUCUUACCGAUGCAGACAUGCCGUCUGUCGGUGCUGACGCACCGUCACAUCUGACCAUCGACACUGCUCAUGAUGACAGUAUCGAUGCUCUAAUGACGAUCGACGUGGAGGAAACCAACCGCAGGUUUGCCUCGCUUUCUCCCAAUCCAGCUGCACUCAAGCGCCUUGCCACCGAUUCCGACUCGGGCUCCAACACGGACGGCACCUCCUCGUUGCCUUCAACCGAACCCUCCACUACGCCCGACGAAGCUGGAAGCAGCAGCGGUGGCUCAGGUUCUGGCCGUGAUGCCUGCAGGAGUGCCAAGCGAGCCCGCAUCGGAUCCGCUGAAGCCUCCUCUUCGUACGCUCGAGUUCAGUCUCGAUCCAGCUCGCGUCAUACACAGGUGCCUCACCCACUUGGCAUCAAACCACUUGGCAACGCUUUCCUCUCGGACCGCAACGAUCGCUCUUCCUCGCUUGGCCUGUUUGCCCGGUUCGAAGAUGAUUUCCUACUCAGCUUCCUUUCCACUUUCGCCGACGAUCCUGCCACGCUCGUCAAGCUCGAGGCUGUCAGCCACGGCCUCUAUACCUUCAUCAACGCCACCAACUCGAUCUGGCGCGAGGCUUUCUUGCUCAGCUUUCAUGGCAAGAUGAGGCGCUGGUGCGGAAGCUGGAAGCGCACUUUCGUCUGGCACUGUAAUGUGGAACGCGCCGUUUCAGACGAAAAGACCAAAGACUUGCUCGAUGGUGCUCACUUUGCGUUUCUCGACCCACCUGCUCCGCGUAUUCAGUCGCCUUACAUCUUUUCCGACACGCUCUACCACCCCUUCCGUCUGGCCAUGGCGCCACUCGAGCAUCUUGUUGCACCAGCGUGCCGCGUCUACAGUGCCAUCACAAAGAUCGACCUGGCCGAACCGGGCUCGCUCGCCACCUUCAAGGAAAAGUUCGCCUACGCCAACAAGCCCGCUAUCGUUCAAAACGCCAUGCCUUCCGAGGAUUGGCCUUGCCGCGAAUGGUCGCUCGACAAGCUGGCGCAACGAUGGCCGGAGCGCUUCUUCCAGUGCGAGGCUGUACGUUCGCGCCUGCCUUCGUAUUUCAGCUACGCCAGAGGCAUGCAGCAUCUCCAAGAACAGACGUGGCAGCGUAUAGAUGAAGAAGCCGAGGCCGAGGCCGGAGGCGCAGCUGAACGCUUGCAAUCUUCGUCCAACACCGCAUCAAGCAGCAGUACUCCGUCUGAAGAGUUUGGACCACGGGACGUGUCAGCCUUGCCGCUGAUUGACACCCCUUACACCAUCUCACGUGUGGGUCCUCGCCUCUUCUCCGCCAACACAGACGAUGGCGAUUCGACCUUUGAUCCGUAUGCUGUACCAGACGAGUCGCCCUUCUACCUGUUCGAUGCGUCGUUUGCUGAUGAUCCGCACGCAUCGCUCGAAUGGCGAGUGCCCAAGUUCUUCCAGCAGAUCUCCAACACGCCGGCUGAUGCCACUUCGCAGUGCGACAUGUCUGCAGUGCGAUCGGAUCUCUUCUCGCUUCUUGGACUGCUGCGCCCCGAUCACCGAUGGAUCAUCGCUGGGCCCGCCCGCAGCGGUAGUGGCUGGCACAAGGACCCCAACGGUACUUCGGCUUGGAACGCUGUCUUGAACGGCCGUAAAGCGUGGAUGAUGCUUCCCCCUCACGUCACCCCACCGGGCGUCUACGUCAGCGAAGACGAGGCCGAAGUAACGGCACCCCUCAGCAUCGCCGAAUGGCUGCUUGAGUUUGCUCAGGAAACGCGUCGACUAUAUGGACCCGAAGCAGCCCGCCCUGAAGACCGUCUGCUGGUCGAAGGUGUCUGCGAGGAGGGAGAGGUGCUCUACGUCCCGAGCGGGUGGUGGCACCUCGUCAUCAACCUCGAAGAGUCGGUCGCUUUGACGCAGAAUUUUGUCUCCCCCGCCGAACUCGGCAUUGUCCUCGACUUUAUGAAAAACAAGUCGGAUCAGCUGUCUGGGUUCAAACGCAGCCAGCAGGUGCACGACAACAGUGGCAGCACAGCAGAUGCUUCUGUGCCCGUAUCGCUUGCCCCGGGUCGACAGGCUGCCUCCAUUGCCUGCGCCUCUUCUGCCCUCACCCCGAGCGCCAGCACGGUCGCGGACGACGACGAGGAAGAAUGCGACGGUGCCGGAUUCAACGUGUUCGAACUCUUCUGCGACCGCCUCGACCGCUUCGAUCGCGAGCUCUUGCAGACAGCUCUCGAGCAAGUCGAGCAGGCAGAGGAAGCGCGUCGUGCUACUUGCGCGCUGCUGCGUCGCACUGCUCCCGCGCCCGCGCCCAAGAUGAGGAAGGCAAACGCCGGGCCGAGCUGGUGGGAAAAGCUCAAGCAGGCCGCCGAGACCGGUGGCGUCGCUGCCGCUGAUGCUCCGGACACAGUAGCAGUUGAGGAAGCAGCAGCACCAAGCGGGUCGUGCGGAGGCUUCUCGUUUUCUAAUCAGCUCGCCUCCUCAGAACUCGAGCUCGAAGAUGUGCCCUGGUAG